GACCAACAAGCCGACCAGAAUCUAGACAUCCAAACAUGCAAACCCGGAAUUCAAUAAUGAAGACCAAAUAUUCAAUUGUCUUCAUCUGUAUUGUUGCCCUGGUCAUCAUCGAAAAGGAGAGCAGUAUCAUUUCAAGGGUCUCCGAUAAGAUAAUCCAGAGUCGCGCUCCUCCGCUGGACCCACACUCACCACUGGAUAACAGCAAUACGACACAAAAUGGCCCCCUGUCCAUGCUCAAAAUGUUGCUUUCUACACUCUCUGGUGCAAAAGGGAAUUCCUCAAACUUUUCUGAUGAGCAAGAGGAUGAUGAACUGGACCAUUUAGGCACGUACAACUCCAGCCAAGGCCGUAAGCACGUAUUGCUCCUGGCCAGAACAAGAACAGGUUCCUCAUUUGUCGGGGAGAUUUUCAACCACCACGGGGAGAACAUGUUCUACCUUUUUGAGCCUCUGUGGCACGUCGAGCGCUUUUUGAGUUUGGGCAAAGAGAAUUACAAUGGGACAAUGUUGGGAAGACUGUACAAGGAUGUACUCCGGGGGCUCUUCCUGUGUGAUUUCAAUCCUCUCGAGAAGUUCAUCUCUCCCCCACCGGAGGAACACGUCACCGCUGCUCUUUUCCGCAGAGAGAUGAGUUUAUCGCUCUGUGAAGAUCACGUCUGCAGUCCUUUCGACAAAGAAGUUUACGAACCAUAUCGCUGUAGGACUCGUCGCUGUGGGCCGCUGAACUUGACCCUUGCCUCGGAGUCCUGUCUUUCCAAGCAAUACCAUGUAAUAAAGACUGUCCGUGUGCCCAAUCUGGAAUCAUUGCAGCCGUUGGUGGAGGAUCCACGUCUAGAUGUGAGAUUGAUCCAGCUAGUCCGAGAUCCACGGGCCAUCUUAGCAUCCCGUAUGGCGGCUUUCGAUGCCUACGAGGUGUGGAAGGCCUGGGGGCAGGAUGGCCAGGUGCCCGAAGAUGACUAUGAGGUGAAGAAGCUCAAAGGAAACUGUGAUCAAAUAAAGAUGUCUGCAGAGGUGGGACUGAGCCACCCUCACUGGCUGAGGAAACGCUACAUGUUGGUGCGUUACGAGGACAUUGCCCUGUAUCCAAUGCAGAAGGCAGAGGACAUGUACAGGUUCGCAGGAAUACCAUUCAGUCCCCAAGCUAGGGACUGGAUUCUAAGGAACACCGCACAGGAAGAGGGCGACGAAUACUCCACCCGGAAGAAUUCAUCUGAGCAUGCAGAAAAAUGGAGGUUUAGCAUGCCCUUUACACUGGUUCAGGUGGUGCAGAGAGUGUGUGAACCCCACAUGAAGAUGUUCGGGUACAGGAUCGUGGACGAUGAAAAGACACUGAUCAACAAGUCCAUCAGUUUGCUCGAGGACAGACAGUUUCAGUAGCUUGAAGGUCACAAUUUGUAGCUGUGACUGCAGGAGGAGCCAUUAUUGCACAGACCAAAACUAGUAACACAGCUGCCAUUAGACACAAAAUGACAGCAUUACGCCGGGUUCACACCGGACGCGUAAGCGCAGCGUCAAGCCUUAAAUAACAGCUGGCUUGCAUCCACUCCCAUGUUAAUCCUUUGUGCCGGCCCCAC